GAGAGACACACACACACACACACACACACACACACACACACACACACACACACGCACAGAGCGAGAGACAGAGAGCUGCUGCAGUGACAGAGAUCUGCGGAUAUAAACAAAUGCACGCAUUUUAUCCCGGAGUCACACUGAGGAUCUUUUCCGACCUGCUCUCAGGCUGUGUGACACUUCAUGAUCCAUGUCGGUGAAAACAAGCCGCUUUUAGGAGCUGACAUUCAUCCGAAAGUCUCUAUUUUGAACUCUUUGUUUAUGUGUAAAGGAGAAAUCAGAAGGCAAUGACAGAGCUGAGGAAGCGCGCAGGAGACAGAGAGCCUGACAGCACUGACAAUAUCAGCGAUAAGGAAGCAGAUGGAGAAGACAGGCUGGGCCUGACCAGUGAAGGGGAAGGGGACACAGAGGGCGAGUGUAAAGCACACACUCCUGAUGUGCCGUUGUCCACCGACAACACUCCACAAUGUCUCAACAAAGCUCUGGAGGGCCUGUCAUCCAGAUGGAGGAACUGGUGGGUACGAGGGAUUCUAUCGCUUAUGAUGAUCAUAGGCUUCUUCCUGAUCAUCUAUUUGGGACCCAUUAUGCUUAUAUUUGUGGUUAUGACUGUACAAAUCAAGUGUUUUCAUGAAAUCAUAACCAUCGGAUAUAGAGUUUAUCAUUCCUACGAACUUCCGUGGUUCAGAACAUUGAGCUGGUACUUUUUGGUUUGUGUGAACUACUUCUUCUACGGGGAGACGGUAGCGGAUUACUUUGGUGCUUUAGUCCAACGGGAGGAACCUUUACAGUUCCUUGUUCGUUAUCAUCGCUUUAUUUCUUUCACUUUGUACUUGGCAGGUUUCUGCAUGUUUGUUCUGAGCUUAGUGAAGAAGCAUUAUCGCCUGCAGUUUUAUAUGUUCGCUUGGACCCAUGUGACACUGUUGAUUGUGGUAACUCAGUCUCACCUGGUCAUUCAGAACCUUUUUGAAGGAAUGAUCUGGUUUAUUGUACCAAUAUCCAUUGUCAUCUGUAAUGACAUCAUGGCUUACCUGUUUGGCUUCUUCUUUGGAAGAACACCUCUGAUUAAGCUUUCUCCGAAGAAGACCUGGGAAGGGUUUAUUGGAGGCUUCUUCUCUACGGUGGUCUUUGGGUUCAUUUUUGCCUACCUGCUAGCCCAGUACCAGUACUUUGUGUGUCCGGUAGAGUACAACAGCGAGACUAAUCGUUUUGCUGUGGAGUGUGAACCCUCAGACCUGUUUGUGAUACAUGAGUACACACUGCCUGCAGUGGUCCAGAAUGUCCUGCGAUGGGAAACAGUGAAGCUAUACCCGUUUCAGAUUCAUAGCAUCGCUCUGUCCUCGUUCGGUUCGUUGAUCGGACCAUUCGGUGGCUUUUUUGCCAGCGGAUUCAAAAGAGCAUUUAAAAUCAAAGAUUUUGCAGACACCAUCCCUGGACAUGGUGGUAUCAUGGACCGCUUUGACUGCCAGUAUCUCAUGGCUACGUUUGUUCAUGUUUACAUAGCAAGCUUUAUCAGGGGCCCGAAUCCCAGUAAGGUCUUACAGCAGCUUCUGGUCCUUCAGCCUGAACAACAGCUGAGCAUUUUUAAUACACUGCGUAACCACCUGAGAGAGAAAGGCAUGCUGCUUCCUGCUGCGCUGGAGGAAUGAAGAAACACUCGUAUGUUCACUCUUUCAGUUAGAACAAUAAGGUUUAGCUAUUUAUCACUUCGCACAACUGUGGAAGCACAGCCAUCACUCUAGGAACUCUGGAGAAACACCGUGCAGUUGGCUUUACCUCGCACUUCUACUACAUAAACAGCUCUACAAUAAUGUGACCACAAGGGGGCAGUGUGCUUCUUUUUUUUUUUUUUUUUUUUUAAAUUCUUUUGCUUCUUAUACUUAUUCUUCUGCCUCUUCGUCUCCUUCGCCGAACUGCAUGUGAUACAUGUCUUCUGACAAACAGAAGGAAAGAUGGAAGCACAGAGUAAGUGAAGUCAGAGAGCUGGAAGGUUGAAAAUAGCUCUUUAUGCCGAGUUUGAGGCAUUGCACUGAUUUGAGAUUUGAUCCUAGUGUAAUUUCUGACGUGUGAUUGAUUGAUUGAUUAACAGAAAUUGGACAGUUUUCUUCUGCAGUAAUUCCAAGCUGUCACAGUGGGAUGUGCUACAGUAUACAGGCUUAGCAUGAUGAUAAUCGUAUCAGAUGCACACAAAUAAUCAACAACCUAAAAACAGCAUGAGUCGUCCAGUUACUUCUGAACGUAGCACUUCUCUCUUUUCCCAUGAACAGUUAUAUACCGUAAUGUUCCAAAGCUGUAGGACUUACAACUGAAAACUAUACACUUGUAGUUAUGUAUUAAUGUAAAUAGAUCUGGAUGAUAAUAAAAGAUUUAAAAUAUAUAACGUAAUUACUCAAAAUCCUAUAUGUGUUAUAGGAAUGAAAAUAUAUGCAAACUUUUAGAUGUAACUUUUUUAAAUAGAGAUUUAGCAUGAUUAAGCUGCCGUGUGAAGGACAGUACGGCGAACGGAUAAUAAGUUAUUUUUGUUUUUACUUUAAGACGAGAACUAAACACUAAAUUAUUUGUAUUUAUAUUAUUACUAUAUAAAUAUUGCAAUAAAAAAAAAAGACAAAAAAAAAUCUGAACAGCGACGUCUUAGGGUAGAAUCUGUGUCUUUAAAAGGAGUGAAGUUGAUCAAAUGUGUGCGUUUACUGUUUUAUCAUCUAGCAGCCAUGUUGUGUGUUAUACUGACCGACCCAAAACAAACAAAACAAAAAAAUAACGUUUGCCGAUGAGCAGAAGUCCUUCCUGUUCACCAAAGCAGCGUCUCUGCACUAACGUCUCAUACUGAUCAUGCAGAUUUUCACCUACUUUCAUCUCAUUUCUAGUUUUCCUAGAGCAAUAUUUUCUUCCCUAUGUGCUUGUUAAACUUCAGCUAUAAAUGGAGACAAUAGAACGUUGUCUUGGUGGAGUUUUGGGACCAGAACUUUCUACUACACACCUUAAUUCAAUGGAUUCAGUGUCUUCCCUUUUCAUUCCUAUUAUUUUAAAUGCUUCUCAUUUCAUCCUUUCCUCUUUAUGUCUGCUGUUUAAAUCAACCUUCUUAUGCAAUUAGCGUUAUCAGGUUUGCAUGUCUAAUAGACGUAACCGGUUCAGACCAAAAAAGAUGAUACGCCUGUAGGUCAGGUGUCUAUAGCUUCACAAAGCAGGUGAUGCUACCUGAACUUUGAGUUACUGCAUGGUUUACACUGUUGUUCAAGAUAUAACACUGUUCCAGCUUACACUGUUUAACAACAAUGAGGCUCUCUCUCAUUCUUGUCAUAUUUUAUGAUCAUUUUAACGUCAAUGCUUUAUACCAAAAAAAAAAGUUGGGUUCGUGUCGUACUUUUGUUUUAUUAAUUAUUUAUGGGUUUGAUUUAAAGUUUAUUUUUUAACACUUAUCUAAGAUUUUAAAUAGGGAAUGUUUUAAGAUCGCCACGGCAACAUGAGCAAAGGAAAUGUGUUGAAGCAAUGCAUAAAAUUAUUAUUAUUAUUAUUAUUAUUAUUAUUAUUAUUAUCAUUAUCAUUACUAUAUGGUUUUAGAAAAAAAUAAAACCUGACAUUUUCUCCUGCUUACA